CCCCAGUCGACACCUCAGCCUUCGACUGCACGCACCUGCCAGCUAUUUGCAAAUCAGUUGCAAAGGUGGCCAGCAGGUAGCAGCACUGGCGCCACAGGUGCAUCAUCACAACAACAGCAACAGUGCAUCGUCGGCGUUGGCGGGGUUAGCUCUUACGUGUGCAAAAACCUUUAAGGAGUGUAUGAAAUCCUCCUGUACUUGACUUUCUGGAGCCGCACGACAUCUGUACCAUUCUGAGGGUGUCGCCCGGGCCAUGGUGGAUGUGCUGACGGCGCGCGUGCAGGACAUGUACUCGACCUACGUCCCCAGGGGCGCGGCGCACGCCCCCGCGCCCCCGCAGCCCAUGACGGUGGCCGGUGGCGCCGCCAUCCAGGAUGACGGCAUCACGGGCAUCGCCAUGAAGAGGAUGGCGUCCUACCAGCGCAGCCAGCGCCGACUCGCCAACCAGGAGCUCACGAAGCAGAUUAGCGACAAGCGGCUCUUCCUGCUCAAGGACACGCCCUGGGACGUCCUGCACGAGAACUUGCGGCGCCCCCUCAUGGGGCUGGCCUGCAACGCGUGCAACGCCGACACGCGGGCGCAGGCUAGGGAUGUACAGGACAAGUCAGUCAGUUUGCGCAACAUCCUUCAAGAAGAGUUUUCGUCAAACACCUCAUUCCUAUCACAAACCUUCAAACACUUAGCUCAAGUUUACAAUGUGCGCAAGUUUGAUUAUCCUACCAUAAAUGAAUCUGUUUUGAAAGAUGAACGUCUUAGGGAAGCUAUCGCCCACACAGCAAGGGACCAAUGCAAUCAGAGAGGAGAAACAAGUGAAGAAGCUCUUGAAAAACUGGUCCGUAGUCAUGAAGUCCGUGCAAAGCGCCUUUUGGAUGAAAUGCGGUCUAAGCUGUCAGAUCUUUUGCUCAGGUUUACAUCUUGGGUUCUCUUGAAGUUGCUGCCUUGUUUUUUAACUUCAGUAGUGGUUCAUCCCAGCCAAGUAGAAAUGCUACAAAAGGCUGGGCGAAGCGGUUUACCUGUUAUUUUCCUACCUCUGCACCGUUCGCACCUGGACUAUAUCCUUGUUACUUUCAUCCUCUUAAACAUUGAUGUGAAAUCUCCAAUGGUGGCAGCUGGUGACAAUCUCAAAAUUCCAGUCUUUGGUGGCCUUCUUCGAGGCUUGGGUGCUUUCUUCAUCAAGAGACGAAUGGAUCCUGUGGCAGGGCGCCGGGAUACUGUUUAUCGUGCUGUCCUUCACACUUACAUGAUGCACUCCCUUCGUGCUGGCCAUAAUUUGGAAUUUUUUGCAGAGGGUGGACGCACUCGUACUGGAAAAGCUUGUAUGCCUAAAGGAGGGCUUCUUAGUGUUAUUGUGGAUGCUUACAUGGAUGGCACUGUUCAAGAUGCUUUAUUGGUCCCUGUAAGUCUUAAUUAUGAAAAACUUGUGGAUGGUAAUUUCACAAGAGAGCAGAUGGGUCAACCAAAACAAAUGGAAUCAUUUACUUCCGCUAUUAGAGGAAUAUGGAAAACCUUGACUUCAAACUAUGGUUCUUGCCGCAUUGACUUUAAUCAACCGUUCUCGCUUCAGGACAUGAUCAAGUCGUUCCAACAAUCUCAAAUCUCACAUUUGAGAAGAAAUGUGCUUGAAGAUGAUGAGGAAGACGUCCAAAGACCAAAGAAGCAUGAAAAAAAAAUCCUUCAGUCCACACCCUCUAGCUCCUCCUUGUAUGGGACAGAUGUGGUGGUAGAGGAGCACAGGCAACUGGUAGAGAGCAUUGCUAGGCAUGUGAUCCAUGAUUGCACUAAGUCUACAGCAGUCAUGACCACCAACAUUGUUUCAUUUUUACUGCUUUCCUCAUUCCGUGAUGGUGCUUCAAUUGAUGAAAUUGCAAUUGCACUGGAUUCCCUAAGAAGGGAAUUAGAAUGGGCUGGUCGUGAUUGUGGAUUUACUGGAAAUUCUUUGGAUGUUAUCAACUAUGCUGCUGAGCUGCUGGGUGAAGGUCUAGUGAAACGUGAGAGGCACAACAUAAAUGGAGAGGAGAAAUUAAUUGUCAAACCUGUCACAACUCUCCCCAAUGUAAUAGAGCUCUCAUAUUACAGCAAUGGUCUGUUAUCUCAUUUUGCUGUUGAAGCUGCUUUAGCCACUGCACUUAUUUCUCUUAUUGGAUAUAACCCUGUUGAUUCCUCUCAACCCUCUGAGUCAGUGAAAUUUACCUUGAAAGAAAUUAUGGAGCACUCAAAAGCAGUCUGUGAUAUUCUUCAAUUAGAAUUUAUUUUUGCCAAGCCUUGUCAAAAUCUUGACUCUGUUAUUAAUGAUGCUCUUCAAAGCCUGGUAGAAAAUGACAUUCUAGAGCAAGUACAGGAGAUGCUCACUGAAGAACAAGAAUGGAGUAACCGUUAUGCCAAAAAUAUAGACCAGGACAGUGAUGAAGAUUUUGAAGAAAGCUCAGGCCCUGAGUAUCGGGUUAAUUUAAAAAAUAAGGAAGCUAUGAAUAGAUUGCUCGGCCGCCAAAGCCUUAUUCAGCCUUUGAUAGACACUUACAUUGUAACAGCAAUGUCCUUGAGGUUCCUUGUUGAAAAAGAACUCACAGAGAGGGAUCUCAUGAAAAAGAUAUUGGGUGAAGUACAAUCACAUCUGGACGAAGGGUUUGUUAAAUGUGCGGAGAGCGUUUCAACAGACACUAUUAAAAAUGCUCUGAAACUGUUAGAGCGCUGGGACAUAGUGGAAUGUCACACCCAAGAUCGUGUCAAGUUGUACUAUUUAAGUUCCAAGUUUGACAACAUAGACAGUUUAUUAGAGGUUGUCAACUUUAUUGGAGAAUUCAAAAUUGACUUUCAUAGGGAUGAUUCGUGACUGGUUACUCCAUAAUUAAUAUGUGUUGAUUAGUUCAUUUUUUUCUUUUUCUUUAAAUAUUAAGACUGUGUUGCUGUAUUCGAAAAUGUACACUUCUUUCUCUGUGCACUGUCCGUUUCUAGAAAGCAACAAUGAUCAUUUAACUUAUUGUUCUCUGAAGGCUUUACUAGACUAAGUUAUGACUAGAAGAAAGAAGCCACAUGUUUGUGAAGUAUUUCCAGUUUUAUUUAAAUUCUUUUUGUUUGCACCCACCCCCUCUUUAAAAAAAAACAAAGAAAAACAUGUGUUGUUCUUGAAAAGGGUUGCUCAUAUCUCAAAUAUGUUGGGUCUACUGUAUCUUAGUUAUGUAGUGUACUUCAAAGACAAUAUACUGCAGGGUAGUACUAGAGCUCUUGAAUUUUGGUGAGAGUACAUAAUCAGCACAAUCCAAACAUAAUUGAUAUACACCUGCUCCUUUCUUUGAUAGAGAUGGGAAUAGUGUUUAUAUAGGGAGAUUGUCUGAGGAGGCAAAUGAAAAUUUCUUCUUUAAUUUAGGAUGUUAUUUUCUAGUCCAUCAUGAAGUGGAGUGUGAACUGAAUGUUUUGACUAAGUUUAAAUGUGUGUGAAUGUUAAAUGGUGUCUGAUAUUUUAUAUUUGUUUUCCAUGAUUGUGAGAUACUUGGCCACACUAUCUAAAAUAUUUUGAUGAAAUGAAAGGGAUAGAUUUUAAGAUAAAUAAGCUCAAUGGUCUUUAAUUUAUUUAUACUUGUUUACUUCAAUUCAUGUUAUUAGGAUUGAGCUGUGACACUAUGAAACCAAUUCUUAAAGUUAUGAUGAGCUGCUGCAGUGCUGCUGUGUAUGAUUUUAUUAUUAUUAAUGAAAGCAAAAUUAGGGCAGUCGGACAGUGAUACAAUGACUUCAAUAAACAAAACGCCUGCCAGUUCAAGACAUAUGUUCUGAGAAACUAGCCUAAUCAUAGUAAUUUCUUUCGUAUGGCAACUUUUGAUAUACUUAACCUGGAUUUAAUGAUUUUCUUCUCUUGGAUUUCCAUGUUGUAGUACCAAAGCAGUAGUGCAUACUGCUAAGAUAAUCAUGUAUUUUAUUUUUUGCAGAAGAGCCUUAAUUUCAAACUAUUUCUCUGACUUUCUGAAAGUGUUCAGAUGAUGUGCUCUGUGCAUUGCAAUUCAUUCACUUCUUUUCUAAACCCAUAAACAUUUUCUUUCAUUGUGAGCAUUUAAAUUUUGUGGAGCAUUAGUUAUUUUCUACAUUCCAUUGGUUUAGAUCCCUAGGUCAUGUCUGUGCACUAAUCUAAGGUGGAUAGCCUGCAAUUGCUGUGAACUUUUCCUGCACCAGAGCCAAGCCAUGCCGGGGGACAGUUUUAAGCUCUCUUAAUGUUGUUGGGUUGAUCAUGUAAUCACCAAACCUAUUUGUACCACAUAUAUUUUCCCUCUUGUACCAAAUCUAUAAUGUACUGAUGAAUGUAAUAUAUUUUUGUACCUCAUCCUCUCAAAUACACUCUUCAAUGUGAAAGGUUCUUAUGUUACACAAGUACCUGUCAACGUAUGGGGCCAAGCUAGCAGCCCGAGUUUCAAAAAAGUGCUCUUUUCUAUGUUUUGACUGUUAGGUAUAGGACUAUUAUACUGACAAUUAUCAAAUGUUCUGUAUGUUGAAUGUUUCUUAUCAGCCAAAUGUGUUGUCCUUGACAAUGUAACCUUCAACAUGACUUCAAUAAAUAAUAAUUAUGAAA